CGAGCCAAACACUAGCUCUAGCAACCAACUGAUUGCCAUACGGCGCCACCGCGAAUCAAAAGGUUAAGACGCCUAUUACCGCGCGCGCCACUGCCGAUCGAUCGACAGCAGAGUAGCAGACCCACGCGCGCCAUGUCGUCGCCGGAGCCUGGAAGCAUCGCCAGCCGGUGGCGCGAGCUGCAUGGCGCGGGGUCGUGGGAGGGCCUGCUGGACCCGCUGGAUCAGGACCUGCGCGCCUCCAUCAUCGCCUACGGCGAGCUGGCGGAGGCCACCUACGAUGGGUUCAACUCGCAGCGCCGCUCGCCGCACGCCGGCGCGUGCUUCUACGGCCAUGCCGACCUGCUCGCCGCCGCCGGGGUGUCCCGCGCGGGCUACUACUCCGUCACCAAGUUCAUCUACGCCACCAGCGGGUUCUUCCUGGCGCCCACGACGGGGAUGUCCGUGCCCGAUGCCUUCUUCGUGCUGCCGCUGCCGUCGCUACUGGAGGAGCCCUGGUGCCGGGAGUCCAACUGGAUGGGGUAUGUGGCCGUGGCCACCGACGAGGGCGUGGCGGCGCUUGGCCGGCGCGACAUCGUCGUCGCCUGGCGCGGUACCGUGGAGAGCCUCGAGUGGGUCAAUGACCUGGACUUCACGCCGGCGUCCGCCGCGCCAGUGCUCGGCCCUGCGGCGGGUGAUUUCGACUCCGCCGUGGUGCACCACGGGUUCCUGUCGGUGUACAUGUCCAGCGACGAGGACUCCAAGUUCAACCAGCAGAGCGCCAGGGAUCAGGUCACGGAGGAGGUGCGGAGGCUCAUGGAAGCGCACAAGGAGGAGGCGACCAGCAUCACCGUCACGGGGCACAGCCUUGGCGCGUCGCUGGCGACCCUCAACGCAGUCGACAUGGUCUCCCACGGCAUCAACGUGCCGCCCUCCUCACCACAGCAGCAGCCGCCGUGCCCGGUGACGGCGAUCAUCUUCGCGAGCCCGCACGUAGGGGACGACAGCUUCAAGUCGGCCUUCGCUUCAUUCACGAACCUUCGUGCGCUUCAUGUGAGGAACGCCGGUGACGUGGUGCCCCUAUACCCACCGAUCGGGUACGUGGAUUCGGCGACGGCGGUGCUGCCCGUGGACACUGGCCGGUCGCCGUACCUAAAGCAGCCAGGCACCAUGCAGACGCGCCACAACCUCGAGUGCUACCUGCACGGCGUCGCCGGGUUUCAGGGUGCCGGCGGCGGGUUCAAGCUUGAGGUGGACCGCGACGUGGCCCUGGUGAACAAGGGUGCUGACGCGCUCAAGGAUAAGUACCCCGUGCCGCCCAACUGGCAUGUCAUCAACAACAAGUCCAUGGUGAGAGGCCCCGAUGGUCACUGGAAGCUCAGAGACUUCGAGGAGACCUGAUUGAGAUGCGUGUAUGUGCUGCCACAUGCCAAUGCCACGUACAACUAAUGCCGACAUGCUUAGUUUUACGUCAAAUAAAAUCAAUUUAUUUAUUUACAA